CGCGAUUCCAUUACAAACAAGAAUACUAUUGCAGCUAUUCUUGUUUUAUGUGACAUGCUGCAACCAGUUUCCAUCUUCUGCAAGUAUCUUCAAGGAUCUGUAGAUUUCAGUAUGGUGACCAUAAAGCUGAAGGACCUCACUGAUUCACUUCAUAUCCUUAUUGAACGAUUUCUGGGAUCUCUUACCAAUCAUGAAGACAGCAUUUACCUUGGAAGAAUUAAUGAACUAUUUGAAGAAAUUAAUGAGAGAACUGUUUUUACAAGGAGAUUAAGGGACAGACAGGUGUACACACAAGAGAGAGUGGUGGAGGAACUGGCAAUUCCAAUGGUUCAUAAGCUCAUCCAAGAGUUGGAGGAUGGAUUCCACCUCUCUCCAAUUUUUCAAUCAUUUUCACUUUUCAACAAGAAUCUUCUACCAGACAGUGUUGGGGAACUUCAAGAUUUUGGCAAUACAAAGGAAUCCUGAAAAUGAUUUGCUGCAGAUGUUCCUGGAUGAUGGCAGUUAUGAGAAACACCUUCCCAUGCAUGUUCACUCUGGUUUUCCUCUCACGUUUAAUUCCCACCAGCACGGCCUCAGUGGAGAGGAUUUUCAGCCUUAUGAACUGCCUAUGCACAGAGAACAGGAACAGACUGGGACAGGACACUUUAUGUGCCCUAAUGAGAAUUUGCAGAUAUGGUAGUCAGUCACUGACUCCACUGCAAGUGGCUGCCAUCAUUGACAAUUUUAAAAACAUGAAAACUAGAGAAAUAAACUUGUAAAAGAUGAUUACUAGCUGUUUUGUUCUCUACUCUUGAAAUUGAUUUCUGAUAAACUGUUAGAAAAUUCCCAAUUUGCUCCAUUUUGACGCUUUUUUCCCAAUUGAAAUGGGUACCGGUACUAGUACCAAAGGGUAGAA